AUGACUUCAGUAGUUUUACCACAAUUAAAAAGAACUAUGACUGAUAUUAUGGAUGAAGAAUUAUAUCAAAUUCCAACAUCACCUUUAAUACCAACAACUUCAUUACCACAAUUAAAUUCAGCAACUUCACAAUCAAAUUUUUAUUUACAACCACAAUCAUCACAACCACAACAACAAAACUAUGUUAAUAGUAACAAUCUAAGUUUAAAUAUUAAUAAUAGUUAUAAUCAUCAUUCAUCAAAUAAAAAUUCUGUUAAUUCAUCACCUUCAUUACAACAAUCACAAUUAUAUUAUAAUAAUAAUAACAAUCUAAAUAACAAUAAUAUGUAUAAUAAUAUGAACAAUAAUUCACAGAAUAAUUUAGGUGAUAUGUUGAAUAUACCCGAUUCAUUCAUUGAACAAUUUACUACACAAUAUUAUGCUGAUUAUUUGAAACUGCAACAACAACAACAACAACUUCAUCAUCAACAAAUGCAAUAUUCUGAGUAUCCUGAAUCUCAAGAUAUGCUGAAUCCAUUCAAUAAUUAUUCAAAUUCAAAUUCAUAUAUUAAACCAACUCAAAGUUACCCUUUUCAACAACAAGAAAAUUCACCACCACCACCAUUACCACAAGCAUUUCCAACUAGAAGAAGAAGAAGAAUCACCACCAUCGAUAAUUUAGAACCAUCAUCAACCAAAAAGAAAAAUAUUGAUGAAGAUUAUCUUUUAUAUAAUCCUGAUAUAUCACCUGGUCAUGUUAUUACUGAAAAUGAAAUUGAUUCUUGUUUUUAUGUUCCACCAAAUGAACAUGGUAAUGGAUUCAUAGAUGCAACUACACAAGAAUUUGAAAAUGAUAUAAUACCAGGUUUUGAAAAUGAUUAUUUAUAUUUAGAUGAUUGUAAUGAACAAAUUGAAGAAGAAUUAUCAGAUGAUGAAGAUGAAAAUGAAGAAAGUUAUUAUCAUGUUGAUGAAGAAUUUGAUGAUUAUAUAAUGAGUAAUUCAGGAUUUGUUAUAAAUAAUAAUCAAACAUUUGAUGAAUUUAAAAAUAUUUCUUUGGAAGAUAAUCAUGUAACAAAUUUAAAUAAUGGAUUACCUCAUGAAUUACAAGAAUUACAUGAUGAAGCUAUUGCUGCAAAUAAUCAUGCAAUUAUUUCUGAAGUUUCACCACAAUCUAUUAUUUCAACUCCACCACCAAUGGAUUCACCUGAACAAAUUAAUGAUGAACAAAUUAUUAAACAAGAAGAAUCAGAAGAAGAUUCAAUGAUGAUUGAUACUGAUCAAGAUUAUCAUGAAAGUGAAGUAUCUGAACAACAAUCGGAAUCAUCAAAUAAUCAAGAUAAUCAUUAUCAUCCACAACCCCCAAAACAAGAAGCAUCAACAUCGGUAUUUACCAAAAGGUCACAUAAUAAAGGACAAGGAGCAGAAAUAUCAGCAACAAAUCCAGAUCAUAGAUGUACAUUAAUAAGUCCAUCAACAGGAACAAUAUGUAACAAACAAUUUUCAAGACCUUAUGAUUUAAUUCGACAUCAAAAUACGAUUCAUGCUUCAAUGAAGAAAAUAUUUAGGUGUGUAAUAUGUGAAGGUAGAUAUAAGGGAGGUUUAGGUAAUGGCAAAGAAAAAACGUUUUCAAGAGGUGAUGCCCUUUCCAGACAUAUUAAAAUUAAACAUGAAUUAGUUGGUGAAGAAGCUUUAGAAAUUAUAAAUGAAGCUAAGAAGAAUGUUGAAUAUCAUCCAGUUAGUAAUAUAUAG